AAAAAAAAUCAGCUGCAGUAGGACAAGAUUCAAAGCCAGUCCAAUUCGCCGGCAGCACACGCAGCUCAUUCUAUCUAUACAGAUCGAAUGGCAUCCUCAAUAUUGAAGCGCCCAAGGGCCGAAGAUCGCACGAGAAGAGAACGACCGGCCAAAAAAUUGCGCAAAUUCAAGAAGCAGACUGAGUAUCAUAGUAGCUCGGACGAGGAGGAUGAAGGGGCCACGGAUUUUCAGGCGGUAAAUCUGCAGGAUUCAGAUGAGGAAGAUGCACAAACUUCCACGUCUAGACAUACACCGAAGUACGUAGCGGAUGAGGACAAUGACACGUCUCAAGACGAAGGCGAGGACGGCGAUGAGGAAGCAUCAAAUGGCGCAGAAUCAGAUAUAACUGGUGCCUCUUCCGAAUCUGAAAUAUCUGAGACGUCUACCGCAGUUACAGAAGGCGGCACGAAACGGAAAAAGAGAAACGACCCCACGGCCUUUGCAACGUCCAUCUCCAAGAUUCUCUCUUCGAAACUUACAAAGGAAAAACGCUCUGACCCCGUUCUGAGUCGGAGCGCAUCCGCAGCGGCCACCUCGAAGGCACUUUCGGAGUCAAAGCUCGACCUCAAAGUGCGGCAGAAGCUGAGGGCAGAUAGAAAGAAGGCUUUGGAAAAGGGCAGGGUGCGCGAUGUGCUGGGACUGGAGAAUGAAGAAGAGAGCACGCAAAAGAUCAUGGAGAGGGAGGCGAAGUUGAGAAAAACAGCGCAGAGGGGUGUAGUGAAGCUGUUCAACGCCGUGAGGGAGGCGCAGAAGAGAGCAGAAGAGGCUCGACGAGGAGCCGUUCGGGAUGGAGUCGUGGGCAUAGGAAAUAGGGAGGAAAAGGUCAGUGAGAUGAGUAAGAAGGGAUUCCUGGAUCUGAUCAGUAGCGGAGGAAAGAAGACUGUCGCUGCGAAUGCGUGAUAGUAGCUAUUCCACCUCGGCGGCUUGGCCAGGUUGACAUGUCAGAAUUCGCCUCUUCAUAAAGGUUUUCCCUAACAAAGACGAUACGCAUGCAUUUACUACUUUCUUGAUAUAGC